CAUUUAUUUACGCCCCUCCUGUCGUACCCGGUGGUUUCCAUGCUUCAGAGAGAGCAGGCUUUGAGUGAAGGAACACCAUGACUUUGACCAGAGGAUCUUUUACUUAUGCCAGCGGAGAGGAGUACCACGGCGAGUGGAAAGAAGGUCGGCGACAUGGCCUUGGCCAGCUUAAAUUUCAGGAUGGAACAUGCUACACUGGCCAGUUUGAGAAUGGACUCUUUCACGGUUCUGGUGUGCUGCUUUUUACAGACGGAUCCAGGUACGAAGGAGAAUUUGCUCACGGAAAGUUUCAAGGUUCAGGAGUCUUUAGUCGAUUCGAUGGCAUGAAGUUUGAAGGAGAAUUCAAAGAUGGCCGUGUUGAAGGAUAUGGGCUAUUGACGUUCCCUGAUGGAACUCAUGGUGCUCCACGAAAUGAGGGCUUGUUUCAAAACCACAAGCUGCAGAAAAGGGAGAAGUGUCCUGGAGUGGUGCAGCGUGCUCAAGCCUCAGCCUCCAGCGCUCACAGCCUGGCGUUAUGACUGCCUUAGACCAUAAAGGUGUUAGGACUAAACUUUCAGCACCUUCCAGAUGGGCCUUAAGGGUGAACACUCUCUUUCACAACCUCUCUUUGUUUUUGUUUUUUUACCAUUUCUUUGUAUGCUUGUCCACACUUAAAGUGACUUAAGGGAAAUGCAUUUGAACAUUUUUGGAUGACUUUCUAUGAAAUGAAGAACUUCAUGAAGCACACCUUUAACUUGAUGAGUAAGCAGGGAAAGCUGCUUCCGCUCUCAUACUGACAUCAGACCAUAAAAUGUGUCUGUUUCUUUCUAUAGCCGAUCAUUUUGCUGCUGAUUAGAGAAAUUACUUUUUAAAAAAACUGUUCAUUUUAGAAUAGCUUAAAAUUUAGUAAAAAAAAAAAUAGGAAAACUCAUAGCUGCAUGUAUGUUAAAGAAAGAAUGUACAUAUUUAACUAUUCACAUUUGCCUUAAAGAUAUUUUCACACAAUCACAUGCUUGGGGGUGUUCAUACAAUAAUCAGAUGAUGAACAACACCCUCUCCUCACAUUCUCACUGCAUGACUUGCCUUGAGGUAUCUGUCCGUUUAAGGAGUAGAAAGCCUGAUUAUGAAUGGUUUUAGCUCUGUCAUUUGCAAGUCUUCUUCUUGAUGAUUAUUAUUGUUGGGAAAGACGAUGACCAUGACUCAACAUUUAUACAUGUUAGAAUCAUUCAGUAGAGCUUAGAGGUUCACAUACGGUCAUCAUCAGCAUGAAUUCAGGGUCGUAUGAUCGUCCAACAAACAAUUUCAAUGAAUUUCAGAAACCAGAGUUGGAUGAAGAAUUUUGAAUUUAUUGCUGUGUGUUUUCUCUGCUGAAAACAGAAUAAAACUAAUACACACAGGCUCAAACAUACAUUUACCCCAUUAAUAUUUACUCAGCUGUAUCCCAGUUUGUCACACGGGAAACACAUGCAUAUUUUUUUUUCCGAUCAGCAAACUCUUGGUGCAAUUCUGGCUGGAUGUUUGACUCCUCCCAUCAAACAUGCUAGAGUUUAUUUAAAUCAUGUGGUUUUCUGUCAACCACUCUGUACUCAGAGUAGAUGGAUUUUUGUGAAACCUGCUUUAUUAGUUUCCAAAGCCAAUUUUUAUUUUUUUUAAAUUUGAAAUCAAAACAAAAAUGCAUAAAGCAGGUGAACAUUUAGCUUUUGAAUCAGUCCCUAUUUUGUAAUGACAAUUUGUAAGCUUCUCUGCAACUUGUUGAAAAAUUUUCCAAAUAUUAGUGGGAUUAUAUGUAUGUUUUUAAUCAUGUAGAGAAAAUUUACAUUAAAUUCAAACUUGCCCAACAAGUUCUUGUUUUAAAAUUCAUUGUCGUCGUCUGUUGUGUCAUUGUAUUGUUGCAACUAGGUGUGUCGUGAUGACAAAUUUUGCUAGAUGAUAAAUAGUCCCAGAAGUUAUUACGAUAAAUGGUAAUGGUAAUAUUAUCAUUGCAAAAAAGUAAUAAAGUACUUUAUUACUUUAUUACUCAAGCCUAAUAAAGUACUUUAUUACAAAUACUUGUAAUAAAGUAUUUUCACUUUAUUACAAGAGAUAAAGUGAGAAUACCAUAAAAAUGCAAGAGCACAUUCUCAAAGAUCAACAAACUUAAAAUUUUAAUAAACACAGGAAUUCAAAGACAUUUUAAAUAUUGAAAAUAAAUAAACAAGCAACGGAAACAACAAAUUAAAUUAUUUAUGAAGUCUCUCUAAAAAUGGGGCCUGUUUGAGAUCCAUGCAGCAGGCUGGAGAUUUUUGUCAUCCAGUUUUUGGUAAAAAGUGAGCGAGAAAAGAGAAAACAAUAAAUCAUGCAAAUGGAAAUGAUUGAGUUUGUUUUCAUUUAUCUUGGGAUUAUUUGAUUUAUUGCUUAUUGCGACAGGCCUAGUUGCAACAUGGACAGAGAACGGCUCUGCUGCAUCAUUAAAAGUCCAACAAUUAAUCUGAUGUUCAUUCUGAUAGUGACUGAAUGUAAAUUUCUAACCAGCACAAUUUCUCACUUGUGUUGGAUCUAUGGACCUAGAUAAUUUAGGCAGCUAAAUAAAAAAAAAAUGUAUGUACUUCUUUAUUAAAGUGUGCAAGGUGUAUAAAUAGUAAUUGUAUCUAGCUGUAUCAAUUUUAAUUUUAAGCAUUCUGGACUGGUGGAAAAUUGUGUUUUCAUCAUGUUUGAUAUUUUGACACAUGAUUUAUUACAGCUGAUCACAGCUAUUAUGUGUUCUGUAUACUUGAAUGUUUAACAGGCCUUACAACACAUCAGUAGACAUUAUUUAUUCUAGCGUUGCCUCCAAACCCUCAACCAAAGACAAUCACGUCAUAUAAGAAGGAUGAAAACCUGAAAUGGUCAGUAGUGCAAACAAUCAGGCCUUAGAGUUGGAUAGUAAAGACAAAUCAAUGAGGAGAAUUUAAACUGGAAUUUAAGUGUGAACAAAAAAAUGACCCGUUGAUUAAACAAGGAAGUAUUUGGUUUCAGUUAUUUCUGAAGUCGAAUUAGAAAGAUUUACAUUUUCACUGCUACACUCUGUGAAAAAAGAAUACUUCAAGAGUCAAGCCCUACAGCUUGGUUUAAUGUAUUAUGACAACUUUUAAAAUUGAAAAGGAGACUUAGAAACAGAUACUCUGACUUGUUUUGGUAUCAAUAACACUAUUUUAGUGCACAUUUAAAGUAUGCUGCAUGUGUAAAUGCACUUGUUCCCUCACCAAGUGAUCUCACAAGAGUCAUGCUUCCAUUUCCACCUGGAAACAAAUGGUGCUUUACAAAUGUGCCUGUCCACAAUUUGAUUUGCCUGGUAAAAUAAAAAAUAUCUUGUUGCCAUGGUGUUACCUUUUUGAGGAUUGUUACCAUGUGGUCUUUAAAUAAAGCAUCCACUGAUUUCGUGGAAUUCGUCUGAUCAUGUAUCAUGGAGGCGUAUCUAAUAAAAGGGUGUAUUGUA